AUGCCUCGCCCCGCCAAGAAGGUCGACGACAAGCCCAAGGGAGUCGUCGUAGCUCCGACCAUGGUGAUGCCGCCUAUCAUUACGGGCAUUGCGCCUCCCGCCAACCCGACCACCGGUCCUCGCGUGGUUGAUAACGAGAGCUUCAUGCGUGUCCGCGACUCUCCCCAGCGCGUGGCCCCCACCAUCCACCAUCUACCAUCUACCAUCUACCCGCCUGAAAGCUCUGGCCUUUGUGAGGCGGCGCAGGUACUUUACUACUUGAUAGCCACGGAAGGCCCUGUGAGCCUGUACACCCUCGCCCUCAUCCUCGCCCUCGUCCUCACCCUCAUUCACGCUCCUCAUCAGCGGCCAGCUCCGGCUCCAGCUCCAGCACCUGCACCUGCACCUGCACAACAGCCAGCGCUGCUGUCUCGUGCUGUCAAUCGUCUAUCUACCAUUUUGGAACUUCUCCGCUCCUUCACCAAUGACUACAUCCGCCAGACUAGCCUGCUUCUGGGCGAGCAGCAAGGCGAUGUCAACGAGCUGAUCAACAGCUUUGAUCCUGCCGCUGCCGCUGCCCAGCUCAUGCUUCCCGUCGGUGAUCUCGCUGGGCCCCCUGCAGAGGAGAAGAAGGAGCGGAAGAAGCGCACCCACGACCCCAACGCCCCUAAACGCCCCCUCACUCCGUACUUUCUCUACAUGCAGCAUGCCCGCUCCAUUAUUGCCAAUGACCUGGGCACUGAGGCCCCCAAGGGUGCCGUUCAGGAGGAGGGCCAGCGCCGCUGGGCCAACAUGACUCCUCAUGAGAAGCAGGGCUGGAACAAUGCCUACCAAUACAACCUGCGACUCUACAACGCCCGUGUUCACUCUUACAAGGGCGGCAACUUGAACGCCAAGAACAUGACGGAUGAGGACGCGCUCAAGUACGCCGAGGAAUUCAGUAUCCCCAUGCCUGAUCUCAAGGAUGCUUCCAAGACGGAGAAUGUUCAGGCCGCCAUUGCCGAGCAGCUGCUGCAGGAUGACUCGGCCAAGACUCCCAAGAAGCCCGCAAGCGGCCGCAAGCGCAAGAGUGAUGCUCCAGUCACCGAGGUCGAGACCCCCAAGGGCGGUCCUGCUAGCCCCGACAAGAAGCGUCGGCGUACGUCUACCAAGGCACCUGACGACAAGGACGACACCAAGAAGUCGGCUCGCAAAAACAAGAAAUAA